CAUCUCUCUCUCUCUCUCUCUCUCUCUCUCUCUCUCUCUAUUUCUCCUGCCGUUCGAUGAAGAUGAGGCUAUCCUACUUGCUGUUGUCUGUGGUCGUGGUGUUUUUGCUAGUGGGCCAUGCCCCCAUCACGAUGUCAGUCACGUGCAACGCUGCAAAUCUGAGCUCGUGCGCCAGCGCCAUGCUGACCGGGUCCCAACCAUCGGCUACAUGUUGCAACAAGCUGAGGGAACAACGGCCAUGUCUUUGCCAGUAUCUCAAGGACCCAAAUCUCCAGAAAUUCAUCAAGCCUGAGAAUGCUAGGAAGGUGGCCACCACCUGCAACGUCCCCUAUCCAAACUGUUGAAUCCAUUUGGUGGGCCCCACUUUCCUCUGCCGUAUAGAUGGUGGAUCUAAUACAUGGGGUGGGCCAUCUGAUUAUAUAUACGAGUGGUCAUAUAGGUUGCUGAUGUACCGUCCAACUCCUCAUGGUACACUGUAGUUCUGUGUA